AUGCAUCUCUCUGGGGGACAUGACACCAAAGAUAAGAGAACUGUCCGCGUCCACGUACAGAACUGUCCGCGUCCCCGUACAGAACUGUCCGCGUCCCCGUACAGAACUGUCCGCGUCCACGUUCGACCAAUCCAGCAGGAGAGACCAGCCUCCCCUGUUCCCAGCUGUGUGUCCAUGAAGAGUGACUGGUCUAUGGAACCUCCUAUAAACUUUAGAGAGGGAGACUUUUCUACUGAACAAAGUGGAUGGUCUACUCUGCCAGAGGAUCAGUCCAGGUGUGCAGUGUGUCAGCAGGUGCUGAGGGAUCCAGUCUCUAUCACCUGUGGACACAGGUUCUGCAGACAGUGCAUCACCAGAUACUGGGAGAAACCUGCUCCUUCAGGAGACUAUGCCUGUCCUCGGUGUAGAAAGAGAUCCAGGACACGUCCUGUACUACAGCACCUGAGUGAACCCAAUGAUGCAAGAGGCUCUGAAAACAUGGAUGACAGCCUGCAGAGAGCUGUAGUAAACCAUAAAUACAGUCUGCAGAGAGCUGUAGUAAACCAUGAAGACAGUCUGCAGAGAGCUGUAGUAAACCAUGAAGACAGUCUGCAGAGAGCUGUAGUAAACCAUGAAGACAGUCUGCAGAGAGCUGUAGUAAACCAUGUAAACCAUGAAGACAGUCUGCAGAGAGCUGUAGUAAACCAUGAAGACAGUCUGCAGAGAGCUGUAGUAAACCAUGAAGACAGUCUGCAGAGAGCUGUAGUAAACCAUGAAGACAGUCUGCAGAGAGCUGUAGUGAACCAUGAAGACAGUCUGCAGAGAGCUGUAGUAAACCAUAAAGACAGUCUGAUGAGGAGGUAUGAAUGUGUGAUAGAAGGCAUCGAAACAGCAGGGACUCAAACUCCCCUUAACAGGAUUUACACAGAGCUCUACAUCACAGAAGGAGAGAGUGAAGCGGUUAACAAUGAACAUGAGGUGUGGCAGCUAGAGACAGCAUCCAGGACACCAACCUCACAUGACACAGCAAUCCACUGCAAUGACAUCUUUAAACCCUUAGCUGGCCAAGAGAGACGCAUCAGAACUGUGCUGACGAAGGGCAUCGCUGGCAUCGGAAAAACAGUCUCUGUGCAGAAGUUCAUCCUAGACUGGGCUGAAGGGAAGGCUAAUCAAGAUGUGGAGAUCAUAUUUGUGCUUCCUUUCCGGGAGCUGAACUUGAUCAAAGAUCGCCAGUACAGUCUUCUCAGACUUUUAAAUGACUUCCACACAGAACUAGACAAAGGCAAUGCAGAGAAACUCACUGCCUGUAAAACUAUGUUCAUCUUGGAUGGUUUGGAUGAAAGCAGAUUUCCAUUGGAUUUCCAGCACAAUGAAAAGGUGUCUGAUGUCACCCAGACAUCGUCUCUUGAUGUUCUGCUGACAAAUCUCAUCAAGGGGAAUCUGCUUCCCUCUGCUCUCCUAUGGAUAACCUCCCGACCAGCAGCAACCAAUCAGAUCCCCCCUCAGUGUGUUGACCAGGUAACAGAGGUACGGGGGUUCAAUGACCCACAGAAGGAGGAGUACUUCAGGAAGAGAUUCAGUGAUGAGGACCUGGCCAGCAGAAUCAUCUCACACAUAAAGACAUCAAGGAGCCUCCACAUCAUGUGCCACAUUCCAGUCUUCUGUUGGAUUUCUGCAACAGUCCUUGAACACAUGUUGAGUACAGACAAGAGGAGAGAGAUGCCCAAGACUCUGACUGAGAUGUCCAUACACUUCCUGCUCAUUCAGACCAGCCUGAAGAACCAGAAGUAUCAUGGAAGAGAUGAGAUGGAUCAAGAGGAGCUCAUGGAGUCAGAUAAGGAAAUUCUUCUGAAGCUGGGGAAGCUGGCGUUUAAAAAUCUGGAGAAGGGUAAUCUGAUGUUCUAUGAAGAAGACCUGAAAGAGGCUGGCCUUGAUGUCAAAGAAGCUUCAGUGUACUCAGGAGUGUGCACACAAAUCUUUAAAGAAGAGUCUGUGUUAUUUCAGAGAGUGGUGUACUGCUUUGUUCAUCUGAGCAUUCAGGAGUUUCUCUCAGCUGUCUACAUGUACCAUUGUUACACAACCAGGAACAUGGAUGCACUGAAGCCCUUCCUCAAGAGAAAGUCUAGAGGUGCGUCUGAAGAGCUAACCUUGGAUGAGCUGCUGAAGAGUGCCGUGGAUAAAGCCUUGGAGAGUAAGAAUGGACACCUGGACCUUUUUGUCCGCUUCCUUCAUGGCAUGUCACUGGCAGCCAAUCAGAAACUCCUACGAGGUCUGGUGACACAGACAGAAAGCAGUCCAGAGAGCGUCAAGAAAACAAUCCGAUCCCUGAAGGUGAUGCAGAGGAAGAACAUCUCCCCUGAGAGGUGCAUCAAUCUCUUCCACUGUCUGAUAGAGAUGAAAGACCAGUCAGUACAGAAAGUAAUCGAAGUGUACUUGAGGUCAGAGAACAGAUCCAAAAACCUCUCCCUUGCUCAGUGUUCAGCGCUGGCCUACAUGCUGCAGAUAUCAGAGGAGGUUCUGGAUGUGUUUGACCUGAAGGAAUAUAAGACAUCAGAGGAGGGUCGUAGGAGACUGGUCCCAGCUGUGAGAGGCUGCAGGAAAGCUCUACUCAUUGGCUGUAAACUCACAGACACAUCCUGUGAAGUGUUGGCCUCAGUUCUCAGUUCAAACCCCUCACACCUGAGAGAGCUGGAUCUGAGUAACAACGACCUGAAGGAUUCAGGAGUGAAGCUGCUCUCUGCUGGACUGGGGAAUCCCCACUGUAAACUGGAGACUCUGCUAGUCACAGAGGAAGGCUGUGCUUCUCUGGUCUCAGCUCUGAGGUCAAACCCCUCACACCUGAGAGAGCUGGACCUGAGCUACAAUCACCCAGGAGACUCAGGAGUCAGACUGCUCUCUGCUGGACUGGAGGAUCCACACUGCAGACUGGAGAAACUCAAUGUGGAACAUGGUGGAGAGAACAGAAUGAAACCUGGACUUAGAAAAUAUGUCUGUGAUCUCACACUGGACCCAAACACAGUAGACAGACACCUCUCUCUGUCUGAGGAGAACAGAAAGGUGACAUGUAGGAGAGAGGAGCAGCCGUAUCCUGAUCACCCAGAGAGAUUUGAGGGCUGGGGACAGGUGCUGUGUAGAGAGGGUCUGACUGGGCGCUGUUACUGGGAGGUAGAGUGGAGUGGGGGGGCUGUUAUUGGAGUGACAUAUAAAGGAAUCAGCAGGAAAGGAGGGGUUGAUGAAUGUUGUCUUGGAUACAAUAACAAGUCCUGGAGUCUGUUCUGCUCUAACAACAGAUACAUUGCCUAUCACAAUAGUAAUCCCACUACCAUAGACGUCCCCCCCUCCAGCCCCCACAGAGUAGGAGUGUAUCUGGACUGGCCAGCCGGCACUCUGUCCUUCUAUAGAGCCUCCUCUGACACACUGACCCACCUGAUCACAUUCACCUCCACUUUCACUGAGCCCCUCUAUCCAGGGUUUUGGGUUUGUUGGGAAGGCGACUCAGUGUCCCUGAAAUAAUAACCUGACACACACACACACACACACACACACUGGACUCACGAACACACACACACACACUGGACUCACACACACACACACACACACUGGACUCACACACACCCACACACACUGGACUCACACACACACACACACUGGACUCACACACACACACACACUCACACACACACACUGGACUCACACACACCCUGAACACACACUGGACUCACACACACACACACACUGGACCGACACACACACCCUGAACACACACACAUAAACACACACUGGAAACACACACACACUGGACGCACACUCACAUUGCACACACACACACUGGACAAACACACACACUGGGCAAAGACACACACACACACACACUGGGCAAAGACACACACACACACACACACUGGACACACACACACUGAACACACACUGGACUCACACAGACACACACACACACACACACACACACAAACACACACUGGACUCACACACACACACUGGACUCACACAUACACACACACACACACACACACACACACACACUGGACUCACACACACACACUGCACUCACACACACACACUGGACUCACACACACACACACACACACUGGACUCACUCACACACACACACACCCUGAACACACACUGGACUCACUCACACACACACACACACACACACACACACACACACACACACACACACUGGACCGACACACACACCCUGAACACACACACACACUGGACACGCUCACAUAAACACACACUGGAAACACACACACACUGGACGCACACUCACAUUUCACACACACACGCUGGACAAACACACACACACUGGACAGACACACACACUGGACACACACACACUGAACACACACACACUGAACACACACACAAUGGGCAAAGACACACACACACACAAUUGGACACACACACACACACACUGGACAAACACACACACACACACACACUGGACAAACACACAAACACACACACUAGACACACACAAACACACUGGACAGACACACAAACACACUGGACAGACACACACACACACACACACUGGACAGACACACACACACACACUGGACAGACACAUACACACUGAACACACACACACUGGGCAAAGACACACACACACACACACACACACACACACACACAAUUGGACACACACACACACUGGACAAACACACACUGAACACACACACACACUGGACAAACACACACACACUGAACACACACACACUGGGCAAAGACACACAUGCUAGACACACACACACACACACACUGGACAAGCACACAAACACAGACACACACACACUGAACACACACACACGCUAGACACAUACACACACACACUGGACACAAACACACACACACACUGAACACACACACACACACACUGGACACAAACACACACACACACUGAACACACACACACUGGGCAACGACACACACACACACAAUUGGACACACACACACACACUGGACACAAACACACACACUGAACAUACACACACUGGGCAAAGACACAUGCUAGACACACACACACACACACACACACACACACACUGGACAAGCACACAAACACAGACACACAAACACUGAACACACACACACGCUAGACACACACACACACACUGGACACAAACACACACACACACUGAACACACACACACACACACACUGGACACAAACACACACACACUGAACACACACACACACACACACACACACACUGGGCAACGACACACACACACACAAUUGGACACACACACACACACACACUGAACACACACACACACACACACACACUAGACACACACACACAUUAGACACACACACACACACUGAACACACACAGACACUGGACACACACACAGAACACACACACACACACACACACUGAACACACACACACACACUAGACACACACACACACUGAACACACACACACACACACUAGACACACACACACACACUGAACACACACACACACUGAACACACACACACACUGAACACACACACACACACACACACACACACACACACACACACACACACUGAACACACACACACACACUGAACACACACACACACACACACUGGACAAACACACACAUGCUGGACAAACACACACACUGGACUCACAAACACACACACACAUACUGGACAAAAACACACACACACACACACACACACUGGACAAACACACACACUCUUCUUCCUAAAAUUGUGACCUUGACCCAGGACCUCUUACAAUAACAUGUAUUUUAUGUUGAAUAACAAAUUGUACAAUUAUGUCAGGAUUUGGCCAGGGUUGUUCCGGGUUUUGGUCACUAGAUGCCCCCAUUGUGCUUUUUGUCCUUAUGUUUUUCCCUUGAUCCCCAUUAAUUAUUUGCACCUGUGCCUCGUUUCCUCUAAUUGUAUUUAAACCCUUAGUUUCCCUCAGUUCUGUGCUCUGUGUUUGUAUGUUAGCACCCUGCCCUAGUGUUCUGUGUACUCUUGUCGAUUCCGGGUGACGCUCUUGUGGUAUUCUGUUUUUUGUUUUUGUUUAUUUUUUGUGAGUUUCUUUUGAGGCCUUUUUGUGCUUUUCCUACCACCUUUUGGAUUUGCCAUUUUUUGUAUUUAAGGAUUUUUCUUUAUUAAAUACACCGUCUUAAGUACUGCUGUGUCUGCCUCAUCUUCUGGGUUCUGCUGACUAUUCGUGGCUCAGUUGGUUAAGUGACUGUUUCUCACUCCGGAGACCCAGGUUCGAAACCGGGUCCUGACAAAUUAUAUACAAUUAUAUAUGGACAUACGCUCCAUAGUUGUACAAGGAUAUAUUGUACUUUUCAUAAUAAAACAUACUUGAAACAAGAAAAGGCU